AUGAAUCGCUAUCGAAAUGCUCCCGGCCUCAGAGGCCCUACCAAGGCAACUCCUAGCACCUUGUGUCAAAAAUGCCUGAAACGAGGGCACUAUAGUUAUGAAUGUACAGUGACCGCCCAGGAGCGGCCGUACAUGUCUCGUCCAUCACGCACGCAGCAGUUGUUGAACCCCAAACUGCGGCCGCAACUCUCAGCUGAUGUCCCUAGUGACUCGUCGCGCACCAAAGGACUAGCGACUGAGAUUCUUGCUAAGCGUGAGGAAGAACGAGGUCGCAAAAGAGAGCAUGAUGAGGCGGACCCUCUUGACAGUCGCACUCAGACCUCUAAACGAGCUCGGUCAGCAUCAUCACAUUCGGUCAGCUCGGUAUCGACGAUAUCGACCAGUCGGUCACACUCGAGAUCGCCCUCUCGCCAUGCGGACUAUGGUGCUAGGAAGAGCCAUGGCCGAACAAGGUCCAUCUCUUCCCAUGUCUCCGGACCCAGGAAGAGACGCUACAGCGAUGCGUCUUCCCAUGAUUCUGCAGUCUCCUACUCGUCCAGGGACAGAGAUUCACGUUCUCGAUCGCGUGAAUGGCAGGGUGACAGAAACACCCGGCGGAGGCGUCGAGAAUCCAGCCCCGAAGAACGGGGCCGGCCUCGACACAUGUCGCGGGACCGUGAACGACGAGACAGGUCCCGAAGUCAGAGCGUGGAUCACAGCCGAAUUGCCAGGGCGAGACGGUCUGCGACCCCAGAGAAGCGGCCGGAGCGUAGCUAUCCUGCUUCAAGAGAUUAUAGGGAUGGUCCGGGUCGCUCGCAGAAGGAUGGACGGGGCCAAGGACGUGCGCCGCCUCCGCCCCGUGAGAGGAGUCUCAGUCCUUACAGCAAGCGUCUUGCGUUGACGCAGUCCAUGAACAUGGGCAGCUAG